AUGCACGCUCAUCCAAGACGAAUCCAUCGAGGAGGGCAUCGUCGUCUGCCGGCCGUGGAGACUACACCAGAUAAGACAUUGCCCGACCUUGUCCCAUCGCUCCCAGCGAUCUCGCAGACGUCAUGUCCGCUGUUUACCGUCCUGCCCGCUGAGAUCCGCAACCACAUUUAUGCGCUAUCUCUCGAAUCCGAGGACACUUCCACAAAUGACGACCCCGAUUCUCUCUACCGCCGAAAUACCUUCUACUAUCGCCCCGGAUACAAGCAGCCCAAGCGUAUCCAAACCGCGCUCCUCCAAACAUGCCAACAGAUCUACAACGAGGCAUCUCUUCUCCCAACUGCUGUCAAUGAACAUACAUUCUGGUUCUAUCGCGCUCCCCCACAUGUCAAACAUGCAUCCUCCCCAGUGCAAUACUUUCGCAAUAUGACACCGAAACAACGCGCGCAGGUGCAUGAACUGCAUUUCUUUACUCAGCAGUAUUUCCUGGAAGAUAACCCCUGGUCGCGUGUUUGGACCGGCAUGAAGAUAGGCGAGGAUGGACGGAAUAUGCGCGGAGAGUGCAGAAUUGCGCCGAAGAAGAUCACCUUCACAUUUCGGCAUACAGAUUGGUGGUUUUGGGAGAAUAAUGAUCCCUUGGGGAUGGAUCCGUUCCGAGCCGGACGAACACGUGCGCACGAGAUGGAUAGACCUGCUGGUCCUAGCCCGGAAAGGGCGUGGGGGAAUCAGUUCGCUUUCGUCCCCAGCCUUGAGGAAGUGGUUAUUGAGUUUGAGACUAUUAUGCGGAAGCGGGAGCAGCUGGACGGCAUCAUAGAGCGGGCUUUGGGAUGGAAGUUUCCAAUGCAGGUCGAUAAAUCUGUGUACCUGGUUGCUGAUCCGAGCUCCCGGAGCACAUACAGUUGGAUCGGCGCAAAAGAGGUGGACCUGAAGAGAGCUGCAGCCCCGGCUCCAAGGAUAAUCGGUCAGGACAGUCGGCCAGAGUUGAAUACUAUUGCUGAGCCAGAACCUGUGCUUGCGGUUCCAAUUUUAAAACCAUUUGACUCCCAGUCUGCAUUGAGAACUGGUGAUAGCACUACUCCAGGUGGUCAACUUGGGUAUGAUCCACAGACGGAGGAGGAGUUUUAUGUGGUUUUCUUGACUUGGAAGAAGCAGCGAGUUGAGUAG